AUGGAUGCUGGUAUUACUGGAUUUGCCUCUUACAGCCAGAAGAAAGUCCAGGCAGAUAAUAUAAGUGUUGAACAUGUUGCGCUCCAAACAAUGGGAAAGACCAUGAAGAUAACAAGAUGCCGAGGAAAUAUUAUUCUCGAUCUGGAUCAAGCAGGAGCCACAGGUCUUUUAUUGGAAUUGAUACAAAACAAACAAAAUGCGCUUAUUUCAAAGGACGAGACAUUCUAUCUUGGAAUCUAUGCUCCGGGAGAGGUUAAUGACGACAAAUCCAAGAUGACUGUUUGUCGUGUGACAAGUGGUGAUCCUUCGCGCGGUAACAUGUCAGUGGAUACAACUAUUGAUCUUCAAGAAGGACAGGUUGUUCAGUUUAUGAGAAGAACACAAGUCGCCAAUAGCGAUCUAUUGAAAUCUGGAAAAGAGGACUUUUUGGUUCUUGGAGUCUCUGACAAGGAUACAACCAUUGAUGCUUUUCCCGUCAGCCCACCAUCUGAGAGUCAAGCUCUUGUUGGUGUUGUUGGCGGUUCAAGCGAAAAUGGUGUGAUUGUUGGUAAACCUGGUAUGCAAAGUCAGAUAAUGGAUGUUCCUUACUCAAAGGUUACGGUUGACACAUGA